AUGUCCACAGAGAAUUCGAAUGCUCGGAAUUCACCCAACUCAAAUCCUUCAAGCGGAGAUUUUUUAAUAGAAAUUUCCGUCCCUGUCUGUAUUAAUAUUCCUGCAUCUAACGAAGAGGAAACAAGAAACUCGGGAAAGGAUUCCGAGAACCUUCUUGUGAGAGAUGCUAACCCCGUUAAGGAGCAGAAAAAUAAUGAAGCAGGGCAUCGCGACACAGAAUGCAAUGCGAUUGCUAUGAAUGAUGCUUCAAAAAUUGAUAUACCACCACGUGGUCGUAGCUUGAAGAAGGAGAAUCCAACUACGCGUCGCGAUCGUGAAAAUUCGCCACCCUUGCUCAUGAGAAGUGCAAAAGGUACUGUCGUGCACAAACGAUUCAUGAUAUCUCGCCGUAAACCCACUCCACACCCGACCCUAUAUCGAAUCCAACAGGGUUUUGAUGAAUAA